CUAUCUAUAAUAGUUGGUUCACUGAUGCUUGUUGGUAGCACUUGGGCUGUUCUACGCACCGAACAGGCAAGGAACGUUGUUGAUGUGAUACUGCCAAAACAAAUCGACGCUGAGAAAAUGGAAAGCGCACUAAAACGCCUAGAAAAGACGAAGUUGGAUAUGAACGCAACAAAAUCACAAAACGUGUUUACGUAUUCGCAUAAGUCAGUGUCGGACAAAUCGAAGGAUGAGGAUCAUACAAUAAAAGCUACUGGAAGUGAAGCACAAAAACUAUUGCGUGAAAUCAAGAAGCAGCAGAAAGAGCAGGAGCAAAUGCUGCAAAAGCAGCAAGCUAUUGCUGAGGAGAUGAACAAGCAUCGCGAAAUGGAAAUGGAGGCAAGGAAG